AUGAAUUCAGACGACAGGAAACACAAGAACAAGCUGAUCCUUCGUGGGAUCAAGCAGAGCAGCCCUCUAGGCACAGGUCUCUUCCUCGGCCUUCGCAGUCUCGACCCGGUACUCCAAUAUGGCAUCCUCGCCAAAGGCAUCGCAGCUCCGGCUAUUCAUAAGCUCGGAGCAAAGACUCUGGCUCAAGGCCCACCCGUCGUCACUGGCACCUUUAUCGACCGACUCGCUCUAUCCCCCUACCGCUUGAUCCUGCUCGCCAUGGCUGCGGGUAGCGCCAUCAAGCAGAACUACUGGCUUGUCGGCAUCUGUCAGGAAGAGUUCCCUCCUGUGUCUGCCGUCGAGGUCUCGGUCUUCAACACCGUCUUCAACUCGGUCAACUCUCUGCUCUUCACCUGCGCCUUGACUUCUGCUUCGGUCAACGGCGAACACUUUCCGCAAACACCUCUGAUGGUCGGCUCUGCUCUGUAUGCCGUUGGCAUCUUCACAGAGACCUUUUCCGAAUGGCAGAGGCUACAGUUCAAGAAGAAUCCUGCAAACAAGGGCAAGGUCUACACCGGAGGCUUGUUCCGCUUCGCCAGACACAUCAACUAUGCUGGAUACACUCUUUGGCGUGCUGGAUACGCCUUGGCAGCUGGCGGUUGGACCUGGGGCGCUAUUGUCGGCGCCUUCUUCUCGUACAACUUCAUUCAUGACGGCAUCCCCGAAUUGAACAGAUAUUGCCAUGAGAGAUACGGUGAACAAUGGGUCAACUACAGGAAACAGACCCCCUACAAGCUUUUCCCAUACAUCUACUGA